GCCGAAAUACGUACCUCGUUAACCACUUCACCACCCCGCCCUUCCCGCCGUCCCCGUCCACCUGGCCCCAGGGGCCAGGUGGAUGAGUAAUGCAAAACAAUCCACAAUGAUAUACUCAAUACUACGACCGAGCCCGUGCCUACCCGUGGCGGCGCUUGUAACGCCCCGAGCACCGGUAGAGCGACAGCGAGGACAUGGGAAAGCAAUGCACUGUUGUAGGCCAUGCAAGUCUACGCGUGCUCUUCUUGGUGUUGUGGUUGCCAGGCCUGCUCGCGUGAAGGAAGAUGCAAGUAGUGUCAUGCCAGCCGAGCAUAUUCCAGGGCAGCGUGCUUUGACAUACCUAGAACAUGUUCCACUUCUGUUCUCAGUAGAAGAAGCUACCGCAAGAGAGGAUGUGAUCGAGGCAACAGUCCAACACAACAUUGUGUAUCCUGCUCUUUGGUGAGCGUCAGGAACUGUUAAAUGUGUUCCUCGGCUGCGUUGCCCACGCCGACUAGACAAGCCUGCUCGAGGAGUGGUUGUGAGCUGUUUCUAUUACAACGAUCAAAGCCUCAACAACAUCUUUUAACCGCACAACCAAUGUGCUCGCCUUUUCACCGUCGCAUACGCGUCAACGACAGCAGGAGUCGAGUCGCUAUCUUCUGUCGAGUAGACUUCAUCUUCACUUGCACGGUCGCGACUUCCCGGUGCACUAGAAGAGGCUUGUCGCCGCAGACUCGAAAGUCAGCGCUUCAGUGCGGCGACGACAACGGAUGGGACGGUCUGCUCAAUGCGCUCUACACUAGACGCCUCAGUUGGAGAUUCCACGCAGCCGUUGGAUUGGACCAACGAUCAGGCAGUGAAGCGAGAGCGGCGAGGAGAAACGAUACCAGCCGACGGCGACAGUAACGCUGCCCCUCAGUACACAGCGGCCUAAGUCGUCGACGCCGCCGUGACGGACACCGUCAUGAAUAUGAGGAGGUGACACUGGCGGACGGUAAGUACGGCGACGGACGCGUCCUGUUGCGCGGCGCUUCGCAGAUUCCACGCGGUAGCGGCACUCAGCGAGCGUCACCAGCAAUGUCUAUUGGAGGACACCACUUCAUCAGAUGGCGCGCUGGGAGAUGCUGCCGCAGGAUCAUCAAUGACCAUUACACGGACAACAGUACAGCAUCGUGUCUUACGGCAUCAUGCUGUCCUUCGUCGCCAAUCGUCGUUUAAUGGCUUUCAGCCAGUGACCUCGAGCAACACACGACGAUGAAGUACGGCCAGGCCGAGACAGCCACCACGCACAAUCACGAUGGAGGUCAUAUCAGCAAGCCGUGCGAGCAAGCAUCAUCCAGGCCACUUUGGCUCGCAUCCGCGUGCUGCACGAAUGAGGCGCAAACCUGUCAGCUUCCAGGCCAAACAGUUCAGGUUGACCACGAAGCCAGUGGCUGCCAGGAGCUGCGCAGUCGGCGCGGCAUCAUGACCUCAAUGGCAACUAUACACCGACAAUGUAGGUGCGGAGAGCAGGACGAAGACGUGAGGCAGUUUCCUGGGUGGUACCGAUGCGCUUGUCGAUCGAAGUACUGGCAUGGAGACUUCCAACUCGGUCACAAAGGCAAUUCAUAGCCACCGCGACAAUCAUCUCUUCGAUGGGCUGAGCACCGGAUGAGACAAGAUGCCGAUGACAGCGGUCAAAGCAACAGGCCUCUCCACGGAUGGUGGACACAGCACAAGAAUUGUUGCGACAACACUGGGCUGUCCUGUCCUGUCCUGUGCCUACGCUCGGACAGAUCGCAGCUGCAUCCUUGUCGUCGAGCUAUCUCCAGCGUAGCAAUGGACUCGAUACAGCAGUAAGAUCUUCCCACGCGCCGAGAGGAGCAAUAGGAGGGCCGGAGGAGAACUGGCAAUCUUCCAGAACCUCUGAGAAUACAUACAACCUCGAACUUCUUGGUCCCACUUGGAGUGUGCGACGACUCCACGUAGACGGCACUUCCGACAGAUCUCUCGCCUUGGUUAUGGAAUGCGAGCGAUGUGGCUUCCACAAGCAGUGAGAGAAAGCGGUCCAGGUCUCGUGGAGCGACCUGACAUAUCUGUUUACGGACUUCUCGACACGACUGCAUCUUUGGAGGUCCAUAUCCGGGAUAAAGCAAUCAGCUUGAGACUCGGCAGCUUCCUGGAUUCGUCUCAGCGGUCUCUCGAGCACCUGUUCUCCUUCUGCGGUGUCAUCUCGCUCUCCUAUCACUUAAGCCAUUGAAACGUUCAAGCAGAUGGCAUGUCAUGUUGCGACGACCUUUGUUCGUGGCUGCAGUAACCCAAUUUGCCGCAACUCAGUGCGCUCGCCUAGAAAUGACUAGGCUGGCAACGCUGUGGACAGACCAGCAGGUUUGGUCUGACAACACCGCAGAAACUUCAAAGGAUCCAUGCCAAUUUGUUCAGUCUUUCGACGUUGCGGCUGGAUAGCAGUAUGCAGCAUUCGGGACUCUAGUCAUUCUGUAAUGGCAGAGCUGGGUGGCGCCCUGCGACUAUGACUUCCGUAUUCGCUGCAAAGAAUACCGCACGCUAGCCUGAGGUCCCUAGGCUUGCUGAGCACUUCAUCACAGGUGCUCGGUGGCGACCAGAGUGCCAAGUCCGGCAAUCCCGCAGGAGGGCGAUCGUAAAGAAGGACGUCGAAAGAUGCGAACAAGGACUUCGAAGUUCUGCAUCCGAUCCCACGGAAAAAGAGCUCAUAGGUAC